UCCGCCGGCGCUGGGAGCUCCCUUCGCCUGUUUGCCCUUAUUUAAUUUCGAGUGUGAUUUUGCUAUUUUUAGCAGCUGGAUCCCCUCCAAUCCGCAGUCGCCGCGGGCGGGGGGUCCCUUCGCUCCGCAACACAGACCCGCCGGGAAAAACAAAACCAUCAAACCGGCCCUAAAACCCACCGCGAACGCCCGGCUCCGGGAUCAAGCUGACUACGAUGAGUGAAUCCAGCGCCAAAUCCAGCCAGCCCCUGGCCUCCAAAGGGGAGAAAGACGUGUCGGAGAAGAGGGGCCGAGGGCGGCCUAGGAAGAAGCCGCAGCAGGAGCCCAGCGAGGCCCCGACCCCCAAGAGACCCCGUGGACGGCCAAAGGGCAGUAAAAACAAGGCCACCCCAAAGGGCAGGAAAGCUGCAGUCACGCCAGGGAGGAAACCUCGAGGGCGACCCAAAAAAUCGCAGCAGGACGAGGAGGAGGUGAACAUUUCCCAGGAGUCAUCCGAGGAGGAGCAGUGACACCUCCCGAACCGGCGCUACCUCAUCGCCCGACGGCCCCGCAGCGGCCGGGGGAGAGGGGCGGGGAGAGACCCACUGUGCCGCCCUGGCUUCCUCCUCCUCCUCCCCCCUCCUCCGCUCCCUCCUCACCCUCAGACAUCGGCAGCACUGGAAAAUGGCCCAACCCGGGCGGCCCCCGCAGCCCCCGCCCGGGGGGGGGCACCUGCCCCAGCUCCCCCUCCCCAGCCCCGGGCUUCGGGGCAGCCCCACUGGAAAGGGGGAUCACGGCAGAGAGCCGGGGCUGGCACCCCCCCACCUUCGCUGCCCCCCCGUGCAGUGAUCUCACCCCGCCAAAGUGGGUGCUGGCUGCCCCCCAGCACUGGGCUCUGCCCUGGGGCCUCUGCAGGGAAGAGAUGGGGGGGGCAGUGAAGGUGAGACCCCCCCCCCCAAAAUGCAUUAGACCUUUGCUCUGGCCUGCUGCUACCCUGGGCAACCCCCCUUGGCCCCCCCAGUCCUGGGUGACUGCACUGUGUGCGGGAGCAGCUCCCGCGGCGCUGCCGGGGCCCGGUGCCCACCCCCGGGGUGCCCACCCCCAGGGGUGCCAGUCCCCAGGGGUGCCCGAGCACGGCUGGCUCCGGGCAGCCCUCUCCUCAUAGGUUCUGGUAUAUAUAUAUAUUUUUUUGUUUAGUACUUUUUUUUUUUUUUUUUUUUCCUUUCAUUCACAACUACCUCUGGAUAUUUAAGUUCCACUCUCUGAACUCACAGACGUGCUGCUGCGCUGCCGGGGCACCGUGGGCUCGGUGGUUCCUGUUUUCGGGGUGUUGCUGGGGGCUGUGGGGUAUUUUUUUUUUUUUUUCCCUCCUUUUUUUUGGGCUUCAUUUUUCUUUUUUUUUUUUUUUUUUAAUUGUUAUUUUGAGGUCUAGUUUGCUCUGCUGCUUCAAGGGAUCGAGGCUGGCAGGGCAGAGGUGUGGGGGGACUACGGGAUGCUCCCCUGCCCCUCUGCCCCGGCACGACGGCUGCAGCGGGACCGGAGGUCGGUGCCGGGCGGCCCCGGCGGGAGAGAAUCGGGGUUUGGUUUGGGUUUUUUUUUGGUUCACUGUUAACGACCUUUUGGGUUCCUAUUUGCAGUUACUUGAAUAAAACAUUUUAUGGA